GAAGCUUACAAUAACUCAUCGCCUUCAGAUUUCAGCUCUGCCCUAAAAUUUUUCAUAUUGCCCGCACAAACUACCAACCGGUCUAACUCUCAUUUAAUUUCGAAUCGAGCAAUCGAUAUUCGAUACGCCACUGUUCAAUUGAUUCGUGCAACUGCAGAAUCCGAUUACCAAACUUCAAAUUCCAAAAAUACAAGUUUUGGAAGCAUCAUUUGGGAGUUUUUUUUGGCUGUUUCACAAAUUAGGGUUCCCCCUCUAUCGGUUACAAUAAAUGCCUCGUUGAUGGACACCGACGUGGCUCGUUGGAUUGUGGAAUUUAUUCUCCGCCAACCGAUUGAAGGCCGAACGCUGAACGCCCUGCUUCGGGUUCUCCCUUUUCCUAACGCCACCUCGGAUCUGAAGAAGGUUACUCUUUUGCGAAGAAUCGAGUCGGAGAUCUCAAAUGGCUCGGUUUCGGAGAAAAUUCUCGAAUUGUUGGAAGCCAUCGAGGAAUUGUGCUACGAAGACGGAAUUUCAGCUUCGGAGGCGAUGAAAAAGGCGUACUGCGCUGUGGCGGUGGAUUGCACUGUGAGGGUUCUUGACGAGAGUGAGGACAAGGAGGGUAAGUAUUUCGACGCUGUGCAGAGGAUAUGGAGGGGUAAGGCGUGGAAGAUGGAGAGGUCGGAAAGGGCUGGAUUGCUUUCGGACGAAUUGCGGUAUUGGGGGGAGGAGAUUGAGGCUGCAGUUUGGAAUGCAAGUGUUAGUGCAAAUCUGCCAGUGAAGAAUAGGGAGAGUGAUGCGGUGGAGGCAGUUAGAGCCUACGUUGUGGAAGCGUGGGGAGGUAUGGGUCCGUCUUUCCUUGACCUUGUGACAGGGACAGUGGGUGAUGAUGGUGCAUUGAGGCAACUGCUGAGAUUGACGAAUGGUCAAGUAUGUGAUCAAGUUGGAGAAAGAGCAGCUAGGGGUCGGAUUGUUGGUAAUGAGAAAAAAGAAAUGCAGAAGGGUGUUGUGCUACCUAUGCAAAAGCAUAUUGUUGUUAAAUGCUCCAGAAUAAUUGCCGGUACUUCUAGAGGAGUUAAGAUUACUGAUUCUGAGGAAUUGGACUCAAGAUCAUCUUCUAGCAACUAUGAUUGCCUUUGUACCCUUGAAACUGCUAAAGUGCUUGAGGCAUUGAGAACAAGUUCUUCGGAGCUACAAGCACUGGUAAAAGAUCCCCUUCCUGAUGCAUUGCAUCUUUCUGAAAGUAUAUUAGCUAGCUUGAGAAGGAAAAAUACAAAUCAGGAGCCUUCAGCCGGAAAGAGCGCAGUUAGUUUAAAUGCUGCCAGUCCUAUUGGUGGCCAUGCUGAAGAUGCACCAAUCAAUGAUUUUAAUUUCAACAAUCAAGGUUGCAGGAAUGUGAGUAAUGUGCCCAAAUCCAGCUUAAUGGAGCGCAAUAGCACUGCCUGCACUUAUGAGUGGAAUGAUUCAAUUGAUGGCUCACCUGAAGGAUUACCUGAUCAUGGGCAUAGAUUUCACUUUCCUACCCCAAAUGGAAGAGUUGUUUCUCCUUUAAAGAAGUAUGAAAUUACAAAACUUGGAAGAAGGAGAAAAGCUAGGAAAUGGAGUAAACUGGAAGAAGACACUUUGAGGACUGGCAUCCAAAAGUAUGGUAAGGGGAACUGGAAGCUCAUCCUAAAUGUCUACCGUGACAUACUUGGAGAUAGAACUGAGGUUGAUUUGAAGGACAAGUGGAGAAAUAUGAUGCGAUAUUCUCCCUUUUGAAGGAUAGCCUGCACCCUGCAAUUCAUAUGCCAGUCAAGGAGCAAUAGUUUUUGGCUGGUCCUCUCCUUUGUUUGCAUAAUGGCUCAAAUUUAUGGUUAGCUUCGCUGUGGUUUCGGAAAUCCGUUUCGCAAACACGGAAGCUAGCUCCUUAUCUCAGUUUGAAGCUGCUUUUUAGUAAAUUGUUUUCUAAUACUCGGUGUAUACUGAUCCAUGUCAAGGAGUUUGUAUUCCCAGAGCCGUGAAAUGGAUGAAGCCACGUGCCGUGCACGCUGUAUCUAAUCAGAAUAGUUCAAA